AUGAAUAAUUGCAUAAACUCCAAUAGCGGUUUAGACCGUUGUUUGGAGGCCACAGCUUUGGAAGUUUCUGAAUUACUCACAGGAUAUUCAGCCAGUUGGUCUAGAGAAACAAUACGUACCUUGCUUCCAUUACAGAGCUUUAGAUAUAUGUUACCAUCUUGUGUCCAACACCUGUGCAUACCAUUAUGUUGUUGUGACGUGGAGAAUACUGCUUGGCUCGAAUUCGAAGCUCCUAGCUGCAACAAAGAUGAAGGUCCAGGCUGCAAAGGUGCGGGUGUGGGCUGCGACAAAGGUGAGAGUACAGGCUGCAGUACUGUUUGUGGCUGUGAUUCAGGUGAAUACUUAGAAUAA